GGACUUAAACCUACAGUGUCUUGUAAAGUGGAGGUCUGUAGAAGCCAGCACAAGCAACAUCACUCGCUUCAGACUUUGGAGGCUGUGUAUUGUUACGUGAGUGUGAAGGCUCGAAAGUACCUGAAGAAGACUGACAUGGGGUGCCUGGCAGGAAAAGCAUUUAGGAAAUUUCUUCCCCUCUUUGAUCGUGUUCUGGUUGAACGAUGUGCAGCUGAGACAGUAACCAAAGGAGGCAUCAUGAUUCCAGAGAAAGCUCAAGGGAAAGUGCUACAAGCGACAGUAGUGGCAGUUGGAUCGGGAGCCAGGGGAAAGAAUGGUGAGAUUCAGCCAGUGAGUGUAAAAGUUGGUGAAAAGGUUUUGCUACCAGAAUAUGGAGGUACUAAGAUUGUACUAGAAGAUAAGGACUACUACUUGUUUAGAGAUGGUGACAUUCUUGGGAAAUACGUGGACUAAACCUGUUGCAGUAUCAGUCAUCCAUUCCACUAAAAUCCUGAAAUUUUUCUUUCAUCAUGUAAAUAAUAUCCUUUAUUUUAUAAUAAGCAGGCAUGGAGUCUCUGAAGUAACAUGUGAUCUCACGGUAAUGAUGGAACACAAAAACAUGUACAGUCAGAAGUCAGUUGGCUCUUGCUUGAGUUCCAUUGAACAGUGAAAUUCAGAUGACCACCAACCAGCCUUAAUUAUUCCAAACAACACCAUUUUAUAUCCUUGUCUCUGUACUGAGAUUGUAAAGGUCUUUACAAUAAACCUCUAAAACU